AGAGCGUGUAAAGAACGAUGUUGGGCGUCGUGCGCCAAGUGCGACGACGACGACGUUUCGUAGCACGGCAGAGCCCGUCGACGAUGUGCUGUCCGUGCAGUGUCGCGAGAAACCACGUUUUCGCGUAACGCGAGCCGAAAACGGAUCGAGAAAAGUGAAACAGAUACACGGUGCACCGUACCCUGAGCAGUCCAUGCGCUCUUUGUAGCCAUGGCUUCGGUGAAGGUAGCCGUGAGGGUUCGUCCCUUUAACAAAAGGGAGCUGGCGAUGAACGCGAAGAUGAUCGUGCAAAUGGAUGGCAAGAAAACACGCAUUUUCAACACCAAGACACCGGGGAGUUGCAGAGAAAUCGACAGGGAGAAAUACAAAGACUUCACGUUCGAUCACUCUUACUGGUCCUACGACCCGAACGACGAGAACUAUGCGUCCCAGGAAGAGGUUUUCUACGAUCUUGGUACGGACGUAAUAGAAAGUGCCUUCGAGGGCUACAAUGCCUGCGUUUUUGCUUACGGUCAGACAGGGUCUGGGAAGACCUUUACGAUGAUGGGCACGCCGGAGGCUCAAGGAUUGAUACCGCGGAUUUGCAAGACGCUUUUCGCUAGAAUGGCCGCGGGAAAAGAGAGCGGAGCGUCGUAUAGAACCGAGGUAUCCUUCCUGGAAAUACACAAUGAGAGAGUGAGAGACUUGCUGCGACUGGAUCAGUCACAGUCUCAUUCUCUCAGGGUGCGGGAGCAUCCUAAACGGGGGCCUUACGUCCAAGACCUGUCCAGCCAUCUCGUGUACGACUAUUCAGACAUUCAGGAAUGUAUGGUGAGAGGCAACACGCACAGAACUACCGCCAGCACAAACAUGAACGACGUGAGCAGCAGGAGUCACGCGAUCUUCACGAUAACGUUCGUGCAAGCCGGACUCUCCGAGGGCAACAUGCCGUCCGAGACCGUUUCCAAGGUGCAUCUUGUCGACUUGGCCGGAAGCGAACGUGCUAACGCUACGGGAGCGACUGGACAACGACUGAAAGAAGGUGCCCAUAUCAAUAAGUCAUUGGUGACUCUAGGUUCUGUGAUAUCGGCGCUAGCGGAAGUCAGUUCUACUGGCGACGAGUCUUCUUCCUCCAAGCGAAGCGUCUUCAUACCUUAUCGCAACAGUGUGCUAACAUGGCUACUGAAGGACUCGCUCGGUGGCAACUCCAAGACUAUAAUGAUCGCCGCUAUUAGCCCGGCGGACUGUAACUAUGGUGAAACCCUCAGCACGCUUAGGUACGCCAACCGAGCGAAGAACAUCAUCAACAAGCCGACAAUCAACGAAGAUCCGAACGUCAAGCUGAUCAGGGAACUCAGAGAAGAGAUCCAGAAGCUAAAGUCCCUUAUCGGGAAAGAUAUGAGCGUCGAGAGGCCACCGCAGAUGUUGUUGGCACAAAUUCACGAGAAGCAGGAACAGGAGAAAGUGUUGACGGAAGAGUGGACGGAAAAGUGGCGGGAAACGCAGCAAAUUCUUCAGGAACAGAAGGCAUUGGGCCUCCGAAAAAGCGGUGUUGGCGUGGUCUUGGACUCGGAAAUGCCACACUUGGUAGGGAUCGACGAUGAUCUUCUCAGCACUGGCGUCACGCUUUACCACCUGAAAGAGGGUAGAACGUUAGUGGGAACGGAGGAAGCACCAAUCACGCAGGAUAUCGUAUUGACCGGCGUGGACGUCGAGCCGGAACACUGUGUGGUGGAAUUAGAUAGCGGCGUAGCGACCCUUCAUCCCCUUUCUAAUCACUGCUGGAUCAACACAGCCCAAGUGGAUAAACCGACACGGUUAUCGCAAGGCUGUAUCAUUCUUCUGGGCAGGAACAAUAUGUUCCGGUACAACGAUCCAGCGGAGGCGGCCAAGCUAAGAAAGGAAGGUGGAACGGGUAACGGUAACUUACAAUCGACGGUCGUCAAUCUUUCAAGAUUGUCCCUCUUGAGUUGGAGUGUCUCGGAUUUGCAUGCCUCGUCCUCUAGCGAUAACCUUUUAAAUUCGAGCGAGGACCUCCGCGCGCUCGAAGAACUGGAACAGCAGAAGGCUGCCCUUAUCAAGGAAAAGGAGGACUUCAAGAGGGAACAGGAGGAACGAGAAGAGAGAUGGACUGCUAGAAGAGAGGCCCUGAAAGGCGCGCAACGUGAAUUGGAACGGGAAUGGGGCGCCCAGUGGAAAGAGUGGGCGGACGCGAUAGCUGCCCUCGAAUCACGGCAACGCGAGUUGCGCGCGCGGCGAAACAUCCUGGAGCAAGAACGACGGGACGAAAUGACGCAAGUAGAAAGUUUAUGUAGGGAAGUUGCCUCUCUGCGCACAACAUUGCAGUCCAAGCAUCGUCAAUUCCAAGAGUUCAUGAACAAUCACGAACGCGCGCAAAGAUUCCAUCCACGGUGGGAGAAGACGGACGACGGUGCUGGCAGUGACGGCAGCUUGCCAGAAUCCUGGUCGAGUUUGAACGAUGAUAAAUGCGUUGACGCGAUGCGAGAACUUGUUAAUCAUCAUAAAAAAGAACUGGCUGUCUUGGAAACCGAGCUGCAAAACAAGGUCAAGUCCCUAAACGAACACCAAAGCAAAGUGGAUAAAAUGGAGGAAGAGUUGAUGGAGAUAGCCAAAAAGCAGAAACACAUAUUUAACUUGGAACUGGAAGGAGAGGGAAACACGGAGAAGAAAGUGAUACUUGCAAAACGAACCCAAGAGCAGCUCCAGGAGAUCCUACGACGGAAACAAAGUCUUUCGUUAAAUCUGAAACGUGCUCUGCCCGCAUCCCAAGACGAUCGUUCCUUGAGCGGCGACGACAUCUUGUCGAACGGGGAAACGCAAUCGUUUCAGGAUGCUUGCAAUAGAAAACUUCAAAUAACAACCGCUUUGAGCAUACUGCCGCAAAAUAUUCCAAGUUCCGUCGACACCGCGGACACUUUCCACACAGCAGCAGCCGAUUCGCCGGAGCCUCGUAUUCCGUUCGAAGAUCCAGACAAGAAAGAGUCUGAAAUCUCCCCGAACGACGAGCAGCAGAAGAUGCCAAACAAGCAACAAAACGCUUCUGAAGAUGUUUGUUCAGAGAACGAUAGGGAUAGAUUGCCUGAAACAGAAGACAGAAGUUCGUUGAAUGUAAAUAGAAAAUCAUCGACGGAUAGUGCCACGGAACCAGAUAAAUGCAACGGUAGCGCAUCGAAAUCGCCAACGAAUUCUAUCACGGAGGAGGAGGAGGAGGAGGAGGUUCCCGAAGACUCGCUGGAGUCACCGGUGCAACAGAAUCCAGCGAUGAAACGUCUGAACCAAAGAAUCUCUCGUCAACGGAUGAUGGUAAUGAGAUGCCUGGAGGCUAACACUCCCUCCAAGGAUGAUCUGAACCGGCAGAUAUCGAUUCUGCAAGACCUGCAAAAGCAACAGAUCGAAUUGGAAGUGUCGCUUUUGGAGGACGAACGAAAGAGUCAUAAACUGUCAUUGUCUCGAUGUAGCGACGACAGGCUACAAACAGAGACUACCGACGACCGUGUACAAACCCUAGAGUCUAAAACGUGCCGUAAUUUAGAGGCCAUGAACAGCACAGCCACGCUGCUCACCGAAUCUACAACGCGAUCUCCGAUCCUCAGGAACAACAGGCCUAAUACCGAGGAUGACAGUCUAUCGGAAUCGGUUGCUCCUAGAAUCUCUUCCAGUAGAGGAUACUCGACGGUUUAUUUAACGAGCCAAAACCGAGGCGAUCGAUUAAGCAGCCCGUACUCCUUGACAAUCACGAGAUCUCUGCCAUCUUUGAUAGCAAACGACAACGAUUGCGACAAUGUGAUCAACAUGAUCGUUAGUAUACCCUCCUACGUAAUACGCGGCGCGGGGACAUCCAGCCAUUACGAAUACGAGGUACGCGUCGUGGCACAGGAUGAUAGUUGGACGCUUCUGCGUAGAUACAGAAGAUUCCGUGAAUUGUAUAUUUCGAUGCGACAGAAGUACGGUAGCAAGGUAGCAGCGUUACGCUUUCCGCCUCGACAAGUUUUCCCAAGGUACGAGGUCGUGGCACGGCAACGUAGGAAACGAUUAGAAGAAUAUUUGCGACGAUUGAUACAGGUUUGCUCGGAGUUGCCGCACUGCGAGCCUCUCUACAAGUACAACGGCAAUUUAAGCAACAUAGAUAAGCAAUCGCUGCUGGAAUUCAGCUCGUUCUUCAGACGGGGAACAUUCGAGAGCAGCAAGUAUGGUACAAGCUAAAGAAUUGGUUCGCGCGAGCCACAGACAGAACGAAGAGACUCUGAGCGGUGGAUAUAUAGGGGAGAUGUUUAUAAUUCGUUGUAUUUUUUUAUGAAACCGAACCGAAGAUAACGUAAAGUGGGGGAAAAAAUAUUAGCAAAGUGUAGUGACCACUUUCGCGAUGAUUAUUAAUUAUGUAUAUUUACCAAAAUACGUUUCCAAAAGUUUAUUGUUUAUAAGACUGAUGUAUAUCGCAUAUUUAAUUAUCUGUUUGUUCGUAGCGUUAGUAAAAAGGUAUCACGGCAAAAUGAUAUUUAAGGGAAAAAAAAAAGCAAGAUCUAGCGUGUCUUGAAGGUAUUUUCGAUAUUAGAUAGAUCCCCAGACUAAAUUGUUACGGGUUGCGGAUAUUUUCCUAAUGUUUUUCUCCUUUCUUAGGAGCAACGCACGUUCUUGAAGUGUACCUUUUUCUCGCUUCGAUAUUUCACGGACACGGAAUUGUUGAUUUCUUUGUUUGAAAACAUUGCGCGACCUGUCGUCGAUAAUAUGUUUAGCUAGACCAGUAUUGUUAUACAAAGUACGCACGAACUGCGAUAUAAUUUGUUGUGCGCACAACCACGGUGACCGUAUAUAUAUAAUAUACAAUAUAUAUCGGGCGUGAUUAUGCUCGUGAUAAUAAUUAGAUUUCAUAAAAUGAUCGCGUUUAUUUUUUCGUCGAACAGCGUCUUUUACACACCGUCGUCGCGGAGAGAAUCGACUGGAUUAUAUCGAAAAUCGAACUUCCUCCUAGCGCGUAGUUAUAAUAAACUUAUUGAAUUAUCAUAAUUUUACAAAGUGCAAAGGAUAUCAUAUCGCUGUUGAAGUUCUUCCGGUUCCGGGGAUAUUAUAUAUAAUAUAUAUAUUGUAUAUGCAUACACUGCGUUUUGCGGCGAAGAUUGUAAAAAAGAAACACCCACAAACACACACACACACACACAUACACACAAACACAAACAAACAAACAAACAGCAAUGUUAAAAGUUGACGUUAUGCAAUGCUUUGGCAAUGAGACGAGAAAUUCUUAUUAAUCGACGCUAAUCUCAAAUAUCAUUGAUUAUUAUCGAAAAAAAUGUUUACCCACCAUUGUAAAAUUGCUUCACGAGAAUCGAAGGGGUAAUUUUCGCCUUCUUAACAGCAUGCAAAUCGCGUAUACGCUUUCCAAGCUCAAGGGUUCUAUAUGUAUAUACGAAAGAAAAAUCGUCUUUUUCCAUUCGACCAGAUAAUUUUGCCUUCAAUUCUAAAUAAUCGGUAGUAUCAACGGAACUUCUAUUAAACACCUGAUUCCUGUCGUUUAAUAUUAAAAAAAAAAAAAAGCAAACGAAACACGUAGCAAUACGCAGCAUCGUCAUUGAAGCAAAUAUUCAACUUGUGAUUAUGCUGAACGAUACUUAUUCCAUGGCUGUGUAUAAACGGAUUUCAAACCCCGAUGAAUUAUCCUGAUGGAUGGAUUAGUCUUACUUAGUAGCUCGUAGCCGCGAGGUCUGUAUAUUUUAGCAAAUUGUUUAGACGAACAUUGUACCUCAUCUUUCAUACGGUUUCCGAAAGAACGAUCACCAACUGCUUUUUUUAUACUUGAUCUAUGCGAUCUUUGUUCUUUAAAUGUAAGAAAAUACAAUAAAUUGUCAU